AUGGCGGCCAUGCCGGUGAUGUACUGCUCCCAUGGCUCUCCAUUGCUAUGUUGCAAGGAAUCGGACUCUGCAACUUGGUGGCAAAAGGCCGGCAGCCUUGCUCGUGAUGCAGGGGUCAAGGGUGUCGUUUUGAUCGGAGCCCACUGGGAAGAACUGGACGACCGUAUUAGAGUAGCGACGAAAUUCAACCCCAACAAGGUACAAAUGUCACUAGUUCCCAGGAAGCACUGGGAGAAUUAUCAGAUCAAUGUCGACCCAAAACUCGCGCGGAAGGUCAUAAACCUCCUCCAGGACCAAGGUUUUACGGAUGUGGAUGAAGAUCCCGACUUCGACUGGCACGACGACACCAUCACCCCUUUGAAAUGGAUGUUCCCAGAAGGUACCCCUCCAGCAACUGUGAUAAGCAUGAAUGCUCGCUUUGAUGCAGUCUUCCAUGUCCGAAUUGGCCAAGCCAUUCGCUCGCUCUCGAAUCAAGGUAUCUUGGUCAUUGGCUCAGGAGGCACGGUUCACAACUUGUACCGCAACAAUUGGCUCCCUCUUCGAUGGCAUGGUGACAACUUCCAGGUUGGAAAUGUGCCAGCGAAAUGGGCGACUGAUUUUGAAAGGGCGAUCUCUGAUGUGAUCCGAGAUAAUCAAGGAGCAUCUUUGGCGGGGGCUUUGGUGCGCUUGGUCCAGCAUCCGAAAUAUCCGCUUGCCCACCCAACCCCUGACCAUUAUUAUCCUUUGCUAGUGAUAGCAGGAUUGAUGGCAGAUAGAGGCGCUGAUGCACCUCAAGGAGAGAUGAAGGCACAAACCUGGGAACUUCAGAACAUGUGUAACAACCAGUGGAUCUGGGGCAAGUUCCCGGGGCAGGCUGCGGCCUAG